CUUUGUGUACGACAUAGAACGAUAGAACACAUAAUCCACAAUUAAUUGGAAAAUAUUUAUUAAAAAAUCGACGAAUUUAAUAAAAAUCAAGUGUUCGAUAAAAUAUAAUCAAUAUAUUGUGUAAAAAUAAUAAAAUACUAUUGUAUUUUCAGUUAUUUCGCCGAGAAAAAGUGCGCUGUAAGAAAAUUAUUUUUCCAAGAGAAAAAAUAAAACAAAUUGUGUGACUCGUCGUCAAAUUUUCAUACCCACUUUUUUUGACAAAUCUCAAGCGUGAGCAAGACGAGGAGUGCGUUGCGUGCGUGUUAAGAAGUAAUCCUGGGGUUUUCUCUUUUCCUCGGUCCUUUUUCGUGUAAAUUUUGUGAAUUUCUUUGGAUUGAAAAAUAAAAUAAAAGUUUUCAAUUCCUUUGCGGAAUUGAAAUUGUGCGUUGAAUUCUUAUUUCGGUUCGAGAACUUUUCGCCCGCUUGCCGGCGAAAGGGGCAAUGAAGUGAUAAAUUACAAUUUACAUCUCCCCGCAUCUUUCGGUUGGAAUAAAAAAAAAACACGGAAAUAAAAACAGAUCGUCAAUUGACAAAUCAAAGCGGAAGCGGUGGUUGAAAUGUCAGGAGGCGGAAGGGAAUCGUCAUCGUCGAACGGAUCGGCGGGUUCCUCGAGCAGCAGCAGCAAUAGCAGCAACGGUAUGGCAACGCCUCCGGUGAAUGGCCACCGGUCGCGUGGCCGCCCGGCUAAGAAGCCAGCCACCUGCACCUGGUGCGGCGAGAGCAAGCACCCACUGCAAUACGUCCUGCCUACACAGAACGGCAAAAAAGAGUUCUGCUCGGAGAUUUGCAUCUCGGAGUUCCGCAAGGCCUACAGCAAGGGCGCCUGUGUCCAGUGCGACAAUGUCAUCAAGGAGACUGCUCCCAGUCGAGAGUUCUGCUCGAUAGUGUGCAUGAACAAGAACCAAAAGAAGAACAUCAAUCGGCCCACACAGCAGCAGCAACAGCAGCAGCAGAGCCAGCAGCCGAACAACAACAAUCGGGGCGAACAGGAGCGCAAUCACAAGAUGAGUCCAGUGUCGUGCACUCCGACAGGGCCAUUUCAGUAUGAGAGCUUCCAUGUUUUCGAUUGGGAUGCUUAUUUGCAGGAAUCUGGCAGCGAAGCGGCACCAGCCGAGUGCUUCAAACAAGCCCCGAAUCCGCCAUCGAAUGACUUUAAAAUCGGCAUGAAAUUGGAAGCCCUCGAUCCGCGCAAUGUGACCUCAACUUGCAUUGCCACCGUUGUCGGUGUGUUGGGUUCGCGUUUGCGUCUUCGUUUGGAUGGCAGUGACAGUCAAAACGACUUUUGGCGCCUGGUGGAUUCCAAUGAGAUCCAUGCUAUCGGUCAUUGCGAGAAGAACGGCGGAAUGCUGCAGCCUCCAUUGGGAUAUCGUAUGAACGCCAGCAGCUGGCCUGGGUAUUUGUGCAAAAUUUUAAACAACGCGCUGGUGGCUCCGGAAAAUAUAUUCCAACCCGAGCCCGAGGGGCCGUCGGAGAAUCUAUUUCAAGUUGGGCAAAAACUGGAGGCAGUCGACAAAAAGAAUCCACAACUGAUUUGCUGCGCCACUGUUAAUGCAAUCAAAGACGAUCAGAUUCAUGUGACAUUCGAUGGAUGGAGGGGCGCAUUUGACUAUUGGUGCAGUUAUAAGUCGCGAGAUAUAUUCCCAGCUGGCUGGUGUGCCAGAAGUUGCCAUCCAAUGCAACCACCGGGCAAUAAAUGUCGCAUGGACUCGAGUUCGAAUAAGCAUCGCAGCCCACGCCAGAGGUAUACAUUUAUACAGGAAUCAGACGCAAUGGUGCCGGCCUCUCCGGUCACAGCUCAUUUCAAAAUGAACUGCAAAGGUGGUCCGUUCGUAAAUAGUUCGAAACUUCCAUCGAUGGUAACGGGGCCGACACAUCAGACAUUGGCCAAGUUGUGCCUGCAAGAAGUACUCGCAGCGAGUACAGAUACUUCUCAGCUAUCUAAGCUGCUCUUCGCCUUGGAUGGGGAUGUGCACAUUGUGACAGCUGCUGGAAAGAAUUUCACAGUAAAAAUUCCAUCCCAGCUGCGCAUGAAAGAUGAUGAAAGUCUGGCGACAUUUAUUGAAACGCUCUGUUCAACAUGCAGAGCAUGUCCGAAUUUGAUCUCGCUUGUAGCCGACACAGAAGAAUGUGAAAAAUGUUCGCAAAGCCACAAAAGACGCCAUGCAUCGCAAUCCCCGCCACCUGUUGCCGAAAAACGAAAACACCAUUCAGAGAAGCACCAUUCUGAAAAACACCAUUCAGACAAACACCAUUCAGACAAACACCAUUCAGAUAAACACCAUUCGGCGGAUGGUGAGAAACAUCACCAUCGUCAUCACCACUCCAGCAAUAAUUCAUCUCGCAAAGAUUCAACCAAUUCCACCUCAUCGUCGUCGACUUCCUCGUCCGUUGCCUCGAAUAUCACUAUAGCUCCGGUGGUGCCGACAAUCAAAAUUGAAAACACAGCGACGUCAAGAUCGGUGGAGCUGCUAUCGCCAACAAAUGCUAAAUUUCAUUCGCCUUUGGUGGCUGAAGUUCAUCCUGAACAAUCGAUUGUCUAUAAUAAUAAUAACAACAACAACAAUAACAACAAAAUGAACAAUUCAAAUCACAAUGCGACAGUCACAACGACCACAACAUCCACGGCGGCACCACAUGCCCCACAGAUUUGCGGCAACAGUGUCGGUGGCGGAGGCAAUAGCAAAAUGUCAAUGGCAUCACCAUCAGCGGCAUCAAUGGCUGCUGUAAGUUCGGCUGUUACGCCGACAUCGUCUUCUUCGUCUGCAUCUGCUGUGGCUUCCAUGAACGUACUGACAUCGGCUGCGAUUGCAUCAUCGGCUGCAGCAACCACACCGGUUGCACAAACACCUCUUAAGACACAUCCUGGCGAUUGGUCCAUUGAGGAGGUGAUUCAGUUUAUUGAGACAAAUGAUAUUUCACUGGCGGUUCACGGAGAUCUGUUUAGAAAACAUGAAAUCGAUGGGAAAGCGUUGCUGCUUUUAACGUCUGAAAUGAUGAUGAAGUACAUGGGCCUAAAAUUAGGGCCAGCCUUAAAAAUUUGCAAUCUAGUAAAUAAAGUUAAUGGACGUCGUAACAACGUAUCUCUGUAAAUAAACAUUUAAACAAUUAAUUUAGAUUAAGUUAUAGGUAAACAAAAAAACAAGAAGAAUACACAUACAAACCAACAUAACAACAACAAAACAAAAAAACAUUAAAACAUUUUUUAAUGAUAAACUUACAAUACAAAUUUAAUUUUAAUUUUAAAAAACAACAACAAGAAACUACAAGUUUUACCUGUAUAGAAUCCUAUAUAUAAAUAAUGUAGGUAAACAAACUGCGGUUAUAAAAA